AUGGGAGUUCGUGCACUUUCAUCUUAUAAAAAACGAUCACAGGCUAUCCUUUUCAUAUACAACCUCCUUCUCUCAGUUGUUGAUCCAACAAGGUUCACUUUGUCUAAUUCUAUUGAUAACAUCAACCUUACUACAGUGUUGAAGGUUGCUUUCGCUGGAUUCUUACGACGCAAGGAAUUCACUUAUGAGUCUACUGAACUUCAGAACUUAGACUCAUUCAAGGAGUUCGGCCUCACUCGCAGAGAUGUUACCUUUGCUGUAAAUGACUCCUACGCUAUCCUUCGCCUUUGUUCCAGUAAGGCAAAUCCGGAAAGAAGAGAAGUAGAUAUUUAUUUGUCAGCUACAAAUGAUAUCCUAUAUCCAGUAGUAGCUCUUCGCAACCUUCUGACUCUUGACCCACAAAGCAAUUCGUCUCCAUUGUUUAGAUUCGAAUCUAAGAUCUUUUCAAGGAGCAAUUUCAUGACUGCCUUUCGUCAUCGCCUCCAGAUAAUAGGGGUACCUAGUUUUGACAGUUUCACGGGCUACAGCAUUCGUAGAGGUGCUACUCAACAAGCUUCUGAUUUAGAUCUUAGCGAAAACGAUAUCAAGGCAUUGGGACAUUGA